UACAUCUGGGAAAAUGUUUUACGUACGCCACUCUUUCCCUGUUACAUUGUACUUGUUUGUGUGCUCUGUCACAAUGUAGCCUACCACGGAGAGGCAGUGUUACUUAGAUGCGCGUUAUAAUUGUCAUGUGGCGCUUGCCGUACUGUUGUCAUACAACCAACAUGUAGUGCAGAGACUCAUGAUCUGGCACACAGCAGAUAGGUUUGGCUUUCAAAGUCGUUGGUUCUCAAGAGAGAUGCUUUCCUUUAGCAAAAUGAUGGUGACUGGUUCUACGGUGAACAGAGCGGAAUGAGCACAAAUUGGCAAAAGAGGUCAUAGACAGAGAAUGUGAACCAACCAACUUGUUAGCGCUAUGCUAGCUACUGUCAAAUAAACUGCUAGUCAGCUAGUGCUGAGUUGUCUUAUCAAAAGUAGCAGAAGCUGUCAGCUUGUUGACCAGCUAGUGCUUCCUACCAUCUGUAUUCUCUUCAAACAUGACGGAGGCUGCGAAGAACGAUGAUCAGCGACCGGUUCCGAGGGAGCAGGCGAUACUGGAGAGCUUCUUCACGCAGCUUGGGAUGUUCUCGUUCGACCGGGCGAAGGACUACGUGGAGAAGGAGAAGGACACCAGUAAGAGCGCGGGUCCCAUAUGGGCCUCGUUACUCGCCGCACUCGCCCACCUGGCUGCCGCGGAGAAAGCCUACCACAACAUGACGUUCCUCGGGCAGAAAUUGGGAGGCCAGUCAUUCUUUAGCAGGAAAGACUCCAUCAGGACCAUCUACACAUCAGUGUUUAACGAGCUGAAGAAGGUCGUAUCCAUGGGACGCCACGCCUCCUCCACAGGCUCCGCCCCUUUCCUGGAGGACCUGCUAUCCCAUCUGGCCGAGCAGCUGUGCCACUUCACACAGGCUCGGACAGAGAUCGCAGACUUCUAUGAGAAGAUGUUUGCGUUGGCCAACCAGAAGACCGUCAACUCAGAGGAGCUGGUCAGCACACUAGAGAGUAUCCUGCACAAGUACAGCUCCAAGUUCCACCACCCCAUCCUGAGCCGGGUGGAGGGCUGCUUCCAGCUGGAGGUGGACGUCCUGUGCCAGCUGCUCCGCUGCCAGGUGGAGGUGUGCGAGUGGCGCUUCCUGCCCGCCCUGCUCUGCCUGCACGCCGCCCACACCAAGCUCCACGCCUGGGCGCAGCUCUUCGAGCGGCAGCGGGAGACACGCAAGCACCUGUUCGGCGGCCAAUCGCAGAAGGCCGUGCAGCCGCCGCACCUGUACCUGUGGCUGCAGAGACUGCAGGGGGCGCUGUUGGCCAAGUUCAGCUUCUACUUCCACGAGGCGCUGAGCCGGCAGACGGCGGCGUCGGAGAUGAAGGCCCUGACGGCUCGCACGACGCCCGACUACUACGGCCGCGCGUCGGCGUUCAUCCGCAAGCACGACGCCGCCAGCGUCUCGCUGGUGUUCGACAACCGCGGCCACGAGAGCUUCCAGGGCCACGGCUACCAUCACCCGCACUCGUACCGCGAGCCGCCCAAGGGCGUGGACCAGUUCCCCGCUGUGGUGUCUCUGCCGGGAGGGGAGCGCCCCGUCACCCACUGGCCCAACGUCAUCAUGAUCAUGAGCGACCGGGCGGCGGAGCUCAAUGCUCUUGACAAGGUCGUGCACUUCUACGACGACAAGGUGCAGAGCACCUACUUCCUGUCGCGGCCCGAACCGCACUUUACGCUCGUGGUGAUCUUUGAUGGGCGGCGGUCAGAGAAGGACUCGUACAUCACGGCCUUCCUGCUGGAGCUCACCAGCUCAUUGCGCAACACCAAGCCCUUAAGCUGGCUCAAGCCGGGUUCCAAGGGGUGACACAUACACACUUUCCUCUCGCUCAUGUUUACAUACUACACAAAAGCAUAUUUCAACACACACACACACACACACACACUCAUAUGUAGGCACACACACACACACACACACACACACACAUACAUACACACUCGUCAAAGCUCUCGGAGUCUUCAUAGACAUCGACUGGUUUUGCAGAUCUUGCAUUGGGUGUGUAUGGUGCUUGAUGUUGGGCGUGAAUGAGUGUGUGUUUUGGUCUAAACACAUACUAAACUUUUUUGCUUGAAAUAACACACAUACAUGUAUGUAUGUGUGUUUUAAAUAAUCGGUUUUGUUUUUAAUAAUUACUCUGAACAUCUAGUGGUCCAGUUUGUCUGUGUGUGUCUGCAACUGUCUGCCUUCUUGAUUCUUGACCAAAGCAGGUGCACACACACACAUUAUUCUUUUUACUUGAUCUUUUAGUCUCCACUGUUUUGGGGGAAAGAAAUUAACAAGUGCUCUUUAAUGUUUCCAAGCAACUGCUCUAUCAAGAUGCUGCUAUGUUAAAACAUCUGCGAUUUAUUUUGAGGCUUAUUUUAAAUAACUAAUUCAUUUUAAGUGCAGAUAAUGUUUGAUGGAGAGAUCUGUUUAUGUUUGGAGACUCAAAAUGCAUAAUAAAGUUUUGGAUCUAUCAGA